AUGUUGACAACUGCCAGGAUCACCUUGGGAGUUGUGGCAACAGUGACAACUGCCAGGGACACCUUCAAAGCCACAGCCACGGUGACAACAGCCAAGGUGACAACUGCCAGCCCCGCCUUGCUGCAGAGCCACAGCCACAAUGACAAUAGGCAGGGCCACCUCGGGAGCCACGUCAGCGAUCCCCACUCAUCCCAAACCAUUCCACAUUUGCAAUUCCCAGGCUCCUUGGGAGACAUCUCUAAAUCCUUCCUGGACCUCACCGACCUGGAGGAGAUCAACUCCUACUUCUCCUUCAACAUCAGCUCAGCCCUCUGCCUGACCUCCACAGCCCUGAGGGCCUUUGGGGCCCGGCCUGGCUGCAGCAGGACCGUGGUGAACAUCUCAUCCCUGUGUGCCCUGGAACCCUUCCCCAGCUGGGCCCUGUACUGCUCUGGCAAGGCUGCCAGGGACAUGAUGUUCCGUGUGCUGGCCCUGGAGGAGCCCGGAGUGCGUGUGCUCAACUAUGCCCCAGGCCCCCUGGACACGGACAUGCAGCUCCUGGCCCGGAGCAGGACUCGGGACCCUGGGCUGCGCCAGCGCUUCCAGACGCUGCAGGAGCAGGGCCAGCUCAUCCCGAGCUCUGUGUCAGCCCAGAAGCUGCUCCAGCUCCUGCAGGAGGAUUCCUUUCCCUCCGGAGCUCACGUGGAUUUCUUUGACAUCUGAGCCCCUCCACUUUUCUCUCCCUGCUUUGCUUUCAGCUGAGCCUUUCUCUGGUGUCUCCAGCGGGACCUUGUUCAAAUCCUGGGAUUUGGGAGGCUUUAAGGACAUCUCUGUGUGCCUUGUGGUGCCCUUUUCAUCUCUGUGUGCCUUGUGGUGCCUUUUUUUGGUCUCUGUGUGCCUUGUGGUGCCCCUUUUUCGGCUCUGUGUGCCUUGUGGUGCCCUUUUUUGGCUCUGUGUGCCUUGUGGUGCCCUUGUGGGGCUGGGCAGCAGCUCCUGCUGCUGAGCCCUCACUGGCAGGGCUGCAGUCCCUCACUCCCAGGGAUUUGGGAUUUUUCCUGAUGGAAUUGCCCUGGAAGGCUCAAAUUCAGGAGUUUGUGGUAGCCAAAGGAGUUUGUGCCAGCCCCCCAGAGGCCCCAGCAGGAGCUGUGUCCCCCAAGGAGCCAUUCCUGGGCUAGGGAUGUCCCCUGUGUGGUGUUUGAGGGUGCCCAGGAUGAGGGAAGAGAUGAGAAUCUUGAUUCUAUGUUUCAGAAGGCUGAUUUAUUAUUUCAUGAUAUGAUAUGAUAUAUGAUAUUAUAUUAAAAGACAAUUAUAUUCUAAAACUAUACUAAAGAAAAGAUAAAUGAGACAUCAGAAGAGUAGAAAGGAAUAAUAUAAAUAAUAAAUAAUAUAAGAAAUAAUAAAAAUUUUGUGGCUGACCAGAGAGUCCCACA